GCUCCCCCGCCGGCACUGCAGCCGUACGUCGUCGUUCUGCUUCGUGCUUUCGUUACCAGAAAACUCCAUUGCAGGAGCAUUUCGCAGAGGGAUCAGAAAUGCCCCAUCUCUUGCAGCGACAUCAAAGGCUGAAGCAGAACAGAAAUCUGGGCUCUUCGCAGUUCAAGACCAUCGAAGAUGAUUUGGUGUCUGCCCUCGUGCAGUCCGGCUGCAUCCCAGAAAACCACGGUGAAGACAUGAAGAAGAUGUCGUUCCAGCGCUGUGCUCGGACAGAUAAGGGUGUGUCUGCAGCUGGACAGAUUGUGUCGCUAAAGGUCAGGCUAAUAGAUGACAUCUUAGAAAAGAUCAAUAACCAUCUUCCUUCUCAUAUCAGAAUUCUGGGGCUGAAGAGAGUCACUGGGGGAUUCAACUCCAAGAACAAAUGUGAUGCCAGAACCUACGCCUACAUGCUGCCGACGUUUGCCUUUGCCCAUAAAGACCACGAUGUGCAAGAAGAGGCGUAUCGACUCAGCAGAGAGACCCUUGAAAAAGUCAACAGCCUGCUCGCUUGCUAUAAAGGAACGCACAACUUCCACAACUUCACUUCUCAGAAGGGACCCAAGGACCCCAGCGCCAGGAGAUACAUAAUGGAGAUGUACUGCGGGGAGCCCUUUGUGAGGGAAAACAUAGAAUUCGCCGUGAUCAAAGUGAAAGGGCAGAGCUUCAUGAUGCACCAGAUAAGGAAAAUGAUUGGACUGGUGAUAGCUAUUGUGAAAGGUUAUGCUCCUGAGUCUGUUAUAGAGCGCAGCUGGGGAGAGGAGAAAGUGGAUGUCCCCAAAGCUCCUGGGCUUGGUCUGGUCUUGGAAAGAGUGCACUUUGAAAAAUACAACAGACGUUUUGGAAAUGAUGGGCUGCACGAGCCGCUGGAGUGGAAGGAGGAGGAGGAGAAGAUUGCAGUUUUCAAAGAGCAGUAUAUCUAUCCUACCAUUAUUAACACAGAAAGGGAGGAGAAGUCCAUGAUGAGCUGGCUAAGCACCCUCUCCAUUCAUGACUUCAACUCUUCUGCUGCUGAGAUGGAAGCUAACAAGAAAAAUUCAAAGAACAGUGAUGUUGAAGGCAGUGAUGGUUGUGAUGGUGAUUCUGACUGAGUCAACGCGUGGUUGGACCUGGUACCCACACUGCUCACAGCUCUCUCUGUCUACGGAAAAGUGGCCUUCCUAAUCUGAGAAUCCAGUAAAGCAGGGGAUUAUGUACUUACAGAACAAGUAGAUGCCCAGGCAAAGAUGAGUGGGGCAAAAAAAAAGCAAAAAACAAAAAAAACAACCAAAAAACAAAACAGCAGGAAGAAGACGAAGAGAGGCUGUGCCACUGACUGAUACACCUGACUGGUAUACUUGAAAAUGAUGAGAAAGCAGCUUUCAAAAGGAUUCUUGUAACGCAAGAUGUCUUAAUUGCUAUUUGAAUGAUGUUUUUAUUACACGUUUACCUGGAAAUAGUAUUUUAAAUCUGUGUAAUCUCUACGUAAAGAUGAGACAAAACAUUUUAAUACACUUUUUUUGGAUUAUUUUUAUGAA